AGCACAUGUCAAAACAUUUCACGCUGCCAUCGAUUUCGUGUUUUUUCUAGAGCAGUUUGUUGUUUAAAAGUUUAAAAAAGUGAUUAAAAGCUCGUAAAAUAUUCUUCAUAGCAUGAUUGGAUGCAAAUAGUUGUAAAAUUAAAAAGUGGAAACAAUUGCAAAAUGUGUGACCAUGAAAUCCUGAUCGAAAAAUGCGAAGACCAUCGAAAAAAGCAUCAGAAGUUCCUGCGGAUGUUCGACAAUGUCAUCCAAACGGUUUUGUGUAUGCAAUCCCUUAUGACCGAGCUCAACACCGGAUACAACGAAAUGCUCGAUCUGCUGAAGGUGCAACCGAAGCCCAAGCCAUCGCCCUCGCCACACAAACGUCGGAAAGCUCAGUCGUUCGAUUCGCCUUCAUCGGUGACGGUUGUCCAGAAGGAGGAAACUCCACGCAACCGGAGCAACCCCGAGGUAUCCGGAUCGGUUCUUGAUCAGAACAUCGACAACCUGCCGGAUACGGAGGAUUCGUUUUUCGCUCUGACACAGAGCCCAUCACGGAGGGAACCUUUGUCGCCGGUGAAAGCUCCGGACAAUGUUCCCAAGACUCCGCCGAAACGGGAUCCGGUUCGGGUGGAGCUGUUCGGUGGACAGGAAGAGGGCAAGCCAGCGGGAGGGGACAAGAAGAAAAGGAAGAGUAUGCUGUCGCUGAGUCGGUUCUCGAGUAGUUUUGAAACAUCACCGGAAACGAGCAAGCAGGCGGCUUUGCUUCCGUUGCGCCAAAAGUUGACCACUCCGAAGCCAAAGAGCUCGGAGCAGGAAAAUGUGGUUCCUCCACCUGUGGCGGGGAAAUGGACGGCGAAGAAGACGACCCCCGGCAGCGUCGGAAGGAUGGAUUCUACAUUCCGAAAGACGCCGACCAGCAGUUCCAAGAAAGGUGGUUCCUUGUUGAACCGGACCCGGAUGAGACAGACCAAGUUGAAGUUCCAGGACUGCAUGAACAAAUCCUUUGCGGACGAUGAAGAUGAAACGUACUUUGAUGAAUUUGUUGUACCCAGUCCAACAUCGGCAACGGCCUUCAGCGGAUCCCGGUUCUUGAAGAGCGCCAAGAAGAAAGAGCAAUCGACACUGAUUGCCCCGCCGAGGUCCAAGGUGAAGGACACUCCGGGCGAUGAGGACUUUGACAUCGAUCAAACCUAUUUCUCCGAAGCAGAAAAGGAUCUGACUCGACUGAAAACGGCGGCGCCUUCUGCAUCUCGCGUCAAAGUAGAACCUCUGACGCAGAAAAAAUCUCCACCAAAGUGUGCGGAACCGUCCCCGGUGCUGGCCAAAGACACGCAGGACCCUGACAGCACCAGUAGUGUCAUAUUCGUGAAACCACCAUCCCAGGACGAAAUCAUCACUAUCGAAGAAACGCAACCGAAAAAGGAAGACCUGUUCAUGAAGGCCAUCCGGGAGGAACGACGGAAGGACGACAACUCCCGUCUAUCGGUGCUCAACGUGAUGGGACCACCUCCCAAACGGGAAGUGAAAAAGGAAGAGAUCUUCGCGGCCAAAUCGGACUUCAAUGUGCUUCGGAAGCCAACGAUGAAAGUACCCUUGGUUCCGGCGGUAGCUGAACCACGACGCUGCCUCGACUGCACGAGACAGUUUAAAUUUUUGCUGAACUGUGGCCAGCCGGCGGAUGUGGCCCGCAGUAAGCUGCCCCUGCACUGCCGCGAGUGUCGACUGGCACAGCUCCACGAUACUCCGCCCGGGUUCUGGAAUCCGGAGUUCACUCCGACCCAAAUGUGACCGGAGCCAUCAUUGGUGAACGUGUGCCAUUCCCGCCAUUAUCUGACAAUACUCGAGUUUAUUGAAAGCUGGUUACUUUUUGAAUUAUGUUUGGUAAGAAAUAAAACUAUGAAUUUAAACAACUUGAAAA